CCAACCCAACCCAAACCAGUCCAGUCCAGUCCAACCCAGCCAAAACAACAUCUCCAAUCCAGCACUCGCCAGAUCCAUCCAAUCUCCAUCCCCAAAACCAGCCACCGCCGCGUAUACACGUUAGCAGAGAGACGCAGCAAGCCACUGGCACCCUGUUCCGGCAAACGCCUCCUCACCUUACUCCAACUUUGUCUCCCUCCUACCAACCAGCGGCCAGCCUCUGCUCUGCCCUGCUCCGGCCAAUUCAUCGCCAAAAGCCUCCCCCCGCAACUGCUUCCGUCUUACCCCUUCUGCGCCUAGCUUUCGUUUUGUCGCCUCCCUCCAUCCGUCCAUCAAAAUGACUCGCUCUCACAAGUACGGCGAACGUGACCACAAGGGUCUCGCUGAUGGCAGCGUCUCUCCGACAGAACAGCUGCCUCGCUUCUUUGCCAAGAGCGGCUACGUUGACACUGAUCCCAAGAAAGUCAAGAAGGACGGCUGUGGCAAAGGCAACUGGGGAAGUAUGGGCGAGGAAGUUGUUGAUGAAAACUUCCGCUUCACCAACGCUCGUCGCCGCUCUAACAGCUUUUCCCACCACAACCUCUCCGACUUCAAGACCAAGUUCGAGGUGAAUGAAAUGGAUCCUCUCUUCGACGAGUCUCUCCACGGGCCUAUUGAUGAGGAGAAUGGAGAUGAUCUCUCCAAGACCGACUCCACGGAGAGCGUCCACUCUGUUUAAGCGAGACAUCUCUCGUCCGCCUAGAGAGCGCUGCUGAUAUGCAUGUCCUACCCUGGAAGCGCCCAAUGUUCCUGCAUUUUACCAUGGAAAUGAUGAUGAUUCAUAUUUACUUUUAGCUAUGGGACCUUUUUUCUUUUAUUUUUCUUUUCCCUUUUAUUCAAAGGAACGGAGCAGUAGGAUUUGAUUUCCAUGGAAACCGGACAUGGCAACGCUCAUCUGAGGCCAUAACUCAUGAUGCAUCCCCGCCGCCACAUUUGCUCUUUAAGCGGCGGGACGAAGUGUAUUACUGUAUAAUAUCUAGUUUUUCCUUCUUUUUUCAUCACAAAACCAUAUGAAGGCUCCGGCUCUGAUAUAGAACCAAUUUAAGCCCGUGUAACAUUUUAAUAUGAAUCCUCUCCUGUCUUUUGUGACGAC